AUGAUGAUCAAUAACAUUGACGCCUACCGUGAGAGUACCCCAUCAGCUCUGCUAGGAUUGCGCCUGACCCACCUAUCGGUCCCGUCGGUCGUUCUCGCGGGGGAAAGUGCUUGGCUCAAUUGUAGCUACGAUCAAGGAGAAGACGACCUCUACUCGUUGAAGUGGUACAAAGACAACGUCGAAAUUCUCGGCUACAUGCCAAUGGAACCGUUGCAGUCCAGGAUCAAAAUCUUCAACUUGAGCGGAGUUUAUAUCGACCUGGACCAAACGAGAGCCAAUCCCGCGAACAUCUUCCUCAGCCACACGGAUAGGUUCUCAGAAGGUCGCUACAGGUGCGAGAUCUGCGGAGACGGUCCGAAGUUCCGCACGGCUCGUGCACACAAGGACAUGACUGUUGUCGUGCUCCCUCCCAAUGGACUUGUCGUGUCAGGAGUGUCCGAACACCGCAGCUACGAGGUGGGGGACUUCGUGAACGUCACCUGCAGCUAUGGACCCAGCAAACCCCACGCUGAUCUCGAGCUGUACAUAAAUGAUAUGAAGAUGCCCAACCAAGCCGAGCACACGUUGGUAUCGAACUCAUUCGACGCUGAUGGCCGGUCGAUGGUGACCAAAGUGUUGAGCUUCACCGUCACAGAGAGUCAUUUCUGGAAAGAAGCCCUGAAACUCGAUUGCAAAUCACUCAUCAAAGUGGAGUUCAACGUCAGUAGCGAAGAGAUCAAAAUCAUGAACAAAGGACAGCAAGUGGAGAUAUCCGGCCGAAUGGACGGGCCGCAAAUCUCGGGCUCUCAGAAAGAAUACAGUCGUCUGAACUCGCACGUGAAAUUGACCUGCAAACCGUCCCAGCACGGGGAUCCCAACCGAACGCCCGUCAAGACGAUGUGGCUCAUCAACGACAAGGAAGUCACUUCGCCGCGAAUGAUCAAAUCUUACCAGCGUCAAGAAAACAAUGUCACCCAGAACUUCCACGAGCUCAGGUUCCCGCUCAACUCGGCCGACCCCUUAAUCCAGGGCUUCAGCAAGGGUCAGGACCUCAAGAUCCGCUGUGUGUCGACAGAGAUCAUGGAAUUCAUGGAUGUCACCACCCGGGUACUGAUGAAGCGGGGACAUCUUCUGUCUUCGGCGUCGGAUUCGGCUCUCCCUCUACAGAAUCACGAAAAUCGGAUUCUUGGUUUUCUCGCAGCCGCCUACUACAACUUUGUGAGUAGUCCGCAUUCCUCCGGCUCUCGACCGGUCCAUUGCGUCGCGUUGACAAUCGUCCUUCUGUACGUGGCUGUUGUAUCACGCUCAGUGUGA